UCAAUAGAGGGCGCUGUUUCUUAUUUUUUUUUCUCAUGUAGAAUUUUCGGCGUUGGUAUCCCAGAUUUUUUCAUUCUCAAGCAAACUGUGGAUCGGGGAACAAAGUUUUUUCGAUACGGUACACUACAAUCUACAUGUCUGUGAAGUUUUAUAACAUUCGGCGAACCAGACCUCGUGGCGAGGGAAAAAAGGCCUCGUCCCACGGGCUAGUACCACUUUUGUGACGGUGGCUUACAUGCGAAGUUUGCAAACACGUCGAUCGACCGUGUGGCAUGUGACGCCGGAUACCACUGAUCCAUCGACGAUUGGGGCAGAAAUCAAACAAUCCAACACCUGUUGACCUCGGGAACUUAGUUGAGAGCAAACCUUUCGACCUGUCGAACCUCGACCAACAAAACUCAACCUUGUGAUCGCACGGUGAACUUUAGACGGCGAAUACAUAGUCUAAAAAAAAAUCCUGACGCAUAGUAGGCCUACAAGUUACCAUACAAACGUACAUACGUCAGCUAUAAACGUACUGUAUAAACUGGCCGAAACCGAGGCGAUUUCAGAACAAGGUCAGUGUCAAGCGUUUUCCCAUCCUGUGUCAUGGAUUCGAAACCUCUGGUAAACUCAAUGGAAGAGACACCAGUCAGCACGGCGUUGCCGAGUGCACCUGCGACACAGAACAUGCAGAAUACUGGUGGUCUGCAGCCUGGUUCCCAAGCUUCUAGUGGACGUUCGUCUCCAUAUCAGGCACAAACCCAGCAUUCAGUUCAGCCUGAAAAUCCAUCCAGUGUCCAAGGUUUUCAGUACAAACAGCAGCCGCCAGCAUCGGUAGUCCAAAACCAGGCUAUGCAACAGCAGCAGCUACAGCAACAGCAGCAGCAAGCAUUGCUACAGCAGCAAGUCAUGCAACAACAACGUGGCAUGCAACAGCAGCAGUUCAUGCGACAGCAGCAGCAGCAGCAACAACAACAACAACAACAACAACAAGGCACGCAACAGCCGCAGGGCAUGCAACACCUGCAAGGGACACCACAACAGCAGCAAUACAGGCCCAUGCAACGGCAGCAGCAUCAGCAGCCUGUUCAGCAAUAUCAGAUGCAGCAACAACAGGCACUACGACCACAGCCUAUGGUCCAGCCACCCCCGCCACCACCACCCCCAUCUCAAGCGGAGCUGGCUCGUUUCAACUUUGACCCCGAGUCCAAUGCAGUUCUCCAAAGUUUGGGAGGCCGGCAUGCCAACAGCGUUCAUCAGGUAACGGGUUAUGUCAACGGUGCGUUGAAGGAGGUGAUGGCCACCGCUGGUAACCUGGAGCUGCCUACGAACUGCCAGAUGGAAUACGACACGUUGCUUGAUAGUAUUCUGCUGUCAGAUGAGACUGCAUCUGACAAUUACAUUGCGUUCUAUAAGGUGGCAUUUCAACGCAUAAAUGAUACGAAGAGCGGUGUGGAAGCACCGGCAAAGGCCAACAUGACUCCGGGUCGUGCGUAUCUCACCAACAAGCGCUUGAUAUUUCUGUCGGCAGAAGAAACAAAAGGUCUCAACUUGACAAGUGAGGGGCAAGCUAAGAUAAGUGCCUACAGUGUCAGAGGUCACAAGGCCUAUAGUCUCCGUUAUGAGAGCAUCCCUCUGACGUGUUUCCGGGGAGUGGACAUAAGUUCCGUGCACGGUUUCAGUGCAACGGCAAGAAUUCAAGGCUUCUUCCCGGAUUCCUUGGGCCGGUGUUUGCAGCCAUGUUGCUCGGAUGAACAAUACCGUGAGAGAUGGCAACCCCAGAGGCCGCUGACUGCAUCCAUCGACAAUCGCGUCAUCAACUUGGGCGCGUUCUUGCCUCCCUGGGAGACCAAGUGCAACAUCCAAGUCUACAUGAGCAAGGACACUGAGCUGCCAGCCGCUGUGGAGUUUGUCAGUGCACUGCAGCAGACAACACCCGGUCUGCAGCCUGAAUCCUUCAGCAUCCCAAGACAGUAAAGGGUAUCUCUGUAUACUCUAUACCAAGUGGACUCCAAGAGCUUAUUGUGCAUAACCUUCACUCAUGCAGCUCAAGGGUGGAUCCAGAACACAAUUCUUUUGGAUUCUAGAUGUGCUGCGAUCUGAGGCAAUUUCUGACCACUUUAACCAAAUCUUUUUGAGGAAAAGAUGGUCGUGUACGCAGUGCAUGCCUUCAUUACGACGUCAAA